UGAAAUAUUUGCUUUUGAUGUUUGGAGUUGAAGAAAGGAACAAAGAGACAAAAACAAACACACAUUUAGACAGCUAAGCCAAAGCCUUCUUUUGAUGCCUCCCAAUGCAGAAAUAUUUCAGUCUUCACGUUACACUGUCCUAACAUUUCGACCACAAACUGACAAAACCCAUACAUUAUACCUCUUUCUUCUUCAUCUCUUUCAAAACACACAGACAACCCACGAACACACCCUUCCUCUCUCUCCCUCUCUCAAUGUUACCUCUCAUCUUUCUCUCUCUACUCCUCCUCCCACCGGCGAGCCUCGCCGCCGUGAGUGACGACGACGAAUACCUGAAGCUUCCUCUACUACGCAAAUCUCCCUUACCUUCUCCGACACAAUCUCUGGCUUUAGACACUCGCCGUCUCCAUUUUCUAUCUCUCCACCGCAAGCCCAUCCCAUUCGUCAAGUCCCCGGUAGUCUCCGGAGCUUCUUCCGGGUCGGGUCAAUACUUCGUGGAUCUCCGAAUCGGCCAACCGCCUCAGUCGCUACUCCUGAUCGCCGACACCGGAAGCGACCUCGUUUGGGUGAAAUGCUCCGCUUGUCGAAACUGCUCUCACCAUUCUCCGGCCACCGUCUUCUUCCCUCGCCACUCCUCCACAUUCUCUCCCACUCAUUGCUACGACCCGACUUGUCGACUCGUACCUAAACCGAGCCCGGCUCCGAAAUGUAACCAUACCCGGAUACAUUCCACGUGUCCUUACGAGUACGCUUACGCGGACGGUUCAUUAACUUCCGGUUUAUUCGCUAGGGAAACGACGACGUUGAGGACGAGUUCAGGUAGAGAAGCGAAUCUAAAGAGUGUUGCUUUUGGUUGCGGGUUUAAAAUCUCGGGUCAAAGCGUAUCGGGUGCGAGUUUUAACGGAGCGCAUGGCGUUAUGGGCUUGGGCCGUGGGCCUAUUUCUUUUGCCUCACAAUUGGGCCGUCGUUUCGGUAACAAGUUUUCGUAUUGCUUAAUGGAUUACACUCUCUCUCCUCCCCCGACGAGUUACCUCACCAUAGGAGGAGUUAAAUCCGACGACGCCGUUUCGAAGCUAUCCUUCACUCCGUUACUAACGAAUCCGUUAUCUCCGACGUUUUACUACGUUAGAUUAAAAUCUAUUUCCGUCAACGGUGCGAAAUUACGAAUCGAUCCCUCCGUUUGGGAGAUCGACGGUUCAGGUAACGGCGGAACCGUCGUGGAUUCCGGUACAACCCUCGCGUUUUUAGCCGAUCCGGCGUAUCGAUCCGUCGUCGCUGCCAUGAGACGACGGAUCAGGCUCCCUAUCGCGGCGGAGCUGACUCCGGGAUUCGAUCUGUGCGUCAACGUCUCCGGCGUUUCGAGACCGGAAAAGAUGAUGCCGAGGCUGAGAUUCGGAUUCGCCGGCGGUGCGAUGAUGGUUCCGCCGCCGAGGAAUUAUUUUAUCGAGACGGAGGAGCGUAUACAGUGUCUGGCGAUUCAAGCGGUGGAUCCGAAGGUUGGAUUCUCGGUGAUCGGGAAUUUGAUGCAGCAAGGGUUCUUGUUUGAGUUCGAUAGAGAUAGAGCGCGGCUGGGUUUCUCUCGUCGCGGUUGCGGCGCGUCGUCGUGAUUAUUCUUCACCGGGGAAUAUUCUGUUUUCGACUCGCUCGAAGAUUCUUUUUUUUUUUUUUUGUGUUUUUCUUUUUCUUCUUGGAAGUACGAUACUGAGUGGCGGUUCACUGUUACCGAAAAUAGGAAUAAAAAUAAUGUUUUUGGCGUUUGUAUAAUUUCGUACUUGAAAUACAAUGCUGUAAAAUAAAAAUAGAGAACACAGUAAAUAA